AUCAGUAUACAGAACGACAAAAUGCAGUUCAGUCGUCUUGCAUGUCUGCCAAUGAUUUUGUCUGCUUUAUUGGAAACAGCAUGUGGAAAUUACGGCUAUCUUCAAAGUCAGUGUCGAGUACUGGGCUCUACUAAAAAAGUUGAGCUCAUCUUCUCAUUCAUCUUCAACAAGAUUGAAUAUAUUAGAUACAACAGUACCGAUCAGAAGAUUGUUGGCUACACUGAAUUUGGAGAGAAAUUGGUUGAAAACUAUAAAAAUAACACAUUUGUACUAGUCCAGGCAGAGUUUGGGGUUGACAACUGUGAAAAAAUUGCAAAGGCACUUAUCUCUGAUGGAACGCUGAAUCAUGUGACAGUGAAACCAGAAGUCAUUAUUCGGUCAGUUACUGAAGCUAAAGGAAAUCAGAAAGCUGUUCUGUUGUGCAGUGCCUAUGACUUUUACCCCAAAGCCAUCAAACUGACGUGGAUGAGAAAUGAUAAAAAGGUUACAGCUGAUGUGACGUCCAUUGAGGAGAUGGCUGAUGGAGACUGGUACUACCAGAUUCACUCCCACCUGGAAUAUUUUCCUCAACCUGGAGAGAAGAUCUCCUGUGUGGUGGAUCACGCCAGCUCCCAUAGACCCAUGAUCUAUUACUGGGAUCCCUCUCUCCCCGAGUCUGAAAGAUCUAAAAUCAUUCUUGGAGCUUUGGGGCUGCUGAUGGGGAUCUUUACAGCAGCUGCAGGAGUGAUCUAUUAUAAAAGAAAACAAACAGGCUUUUACAGACUUCCGGUUUAUUUACUUCCACUGCAAACAAUGAACGACACUGAACAGCACUAUGCUGCAACAUGUGACACUUUAACAUAACAUUCAGAUCAUCUGAGAGAACCAGUGAUUCAAUAUGAAGAGUGCCCAUCAAUCAUAUAUGCCUCAUCUCCUGAUUAUUCAUAU